AUGUAUUUCAUCACCAUCAUCUCGUUUGUUUUUAUUAAACAUAUAUUUGCACAAGGGCCAGGUGCAUUUGAAAUUCGUGAGCAUAGUCUUACUCGUCCAUAUCCAUCCGUUUUUUCUACUUCUCAUUCACAUUGGUAUUUAACUGGUAAUACAAUAGUUACAGAUCGAUAUAUUCGUUUAACAUCUGAUAUACAAAGUAAAGCUGGUGGUUUAUGGAAUACAAUACCUGUUAGUUAUCCUGAUUGGGAAAUGCAUGUUCAAUUUAAAGUUCAUGGUGGGGGAACAAGUUUGUUUGGUGACGGAUUUGUUAUUUGGUAUGUCAGAGAUGCAAAAUUAAGUGGUCCUGUUUUUGGUUAUGCAGAUUAUUUUAAUGGAUUAGGUAUUAUGAUGGAUACAUAUUCCAAUAGAAACGACAAUUAUAAUCAUAUUUAUCCAUAUAUAUCAGCUGUGGUAAAUAAUGGUUCACUUCAUUAUGAUAAUGGUCAUGAUGGUGCAGAUAUAAAUAUAGCUGGUUGUGAAGCAUCCUUUCGUGGUCGUGAAAUAGAUACUCUUGUUGCUAUACGUUAUCAAAAUAAUCAUUUAACUGUAUCUACGGAUUUUGACGGAACAAAUACUUGGACAGAAUGUUUCUCAAUUGAAAAUAUUCAUUUACCAACACAUUAUUAUUUUGGUUUUUCAGCUGCAACUGGUGAACUUAGUGAUAAUCAUGAUAUUAUAUCAGUACAUACAUAUCAAUUAGAUUCAAGUGAACAAAGACAAAAAGAAGAUCGUACAAAUAUAAUACCAUCAGCUCCGUUAGCUAAGAUGGGAGAGACGGAUGAUAAUAAUUCAAAACCAUCUAAAUGGUCGGCAUUAAAAAUAUUUUUUCUUGUUUUUCUUUUGAUAAUUAUUUGUUUGGGUGGUAUUGGUGCAUUUUUUUAUAUGAAACAACAUCGAUAUCAUAGCUCAAGAUUAUAUUAA